AUGGAGGAAAAAGCCAAGCUGCAAGAAGCCGAAAGCUUAAAGCGGCUAGCUUUCUUUGGGAUUUCUAUCUCCACGGUGGCCACCUUAACAGCCAUCGUUGCUGUCCCCAUGUUGUACAACUACAUGCAACAUGUCCAAUCCUCACUUCAGAAUGAGGUGGAUUUUUGCCGACACAGAACUGAUGGACUUUGGGAUGAAUUUCACCGAUUUGAAGCCAUCAAGGGUGUUGACUCUCGUGUAAAGAGACAAGCUUCAUGGCAAAAGUGGAGUGACCAAGGACGUCGUGUUGCACACACUGCUCGUGCUCACGGUGCUGGAACAUACUCCCAAGGAGGAGCCGGAGGUGGCGGCGGAGCCGGAGGAUACGAUGCUGGUGUUGAGGCUCCUUCCGGCGGCGGAGGAGGCGGCGGAUCUUGCUGCUCUUGCGGAAUCGGAGCAGCUGGACCACCAGGACCACCAGGAACUGAUGGAAACCCAGGAACUGACGGACAAGCUGGAAGCCCAGGAUCCCCAGGACCUGAUGCUUCUGCUGGAGCUGCUCCAACUGCCCAAGACUUCUGCUUCGAUUGCCCACCAGGACCACCAGGACCACCAGGAAACGCUGGAGGCCCAGGACCUGACGGAAACCCAGGAGCUCCAGGACAAAGCCCACCACCAAGUCAACCAGGACCCCCAGGACCUCCAGGACCACCAGGACCACCAGGAGGAGAUGGACAACCAGGAGGACCAGGAAACCCAGGAGCCCCAGGACAAGUCACCGAAGUUCCAGGCACCCCAGGACCAUCUGGACCACCAGGACCACCAGGACCAGCUGGACCACCAGGAAACCCAGGAAGUGCUGGCAGCUCUCAACCAGGACCCCCAGGACCACCAGGACCUCCAGGACCAGAUGGUCCCCCUGGAAACCCAGGAGCUCCAGGAUCACCAGGAGACGCCGGAGAAUCCGGAAGCGGAGGAGGAUGCGACCACUGUCCACCACCAAGAACCGCCCCAGGAUACUAG